AUGUCGGUUGGUGCGUCAACGGUUUCAUUGGGAGCACUGCUGCUGGUGCUACUGCCACUUGACCCGGUUGUGGGAACUCCGGCUUUGGCAUUGCAGGGUGGCGGCAUCCGGGCGCUUGCCUCAGAUGCAGGGCUCGUGGCAGGUGUUGCCAGGAUAAAGCACCUCCAACACCUUCGGCAACUCGGGCAAUCUUCAGAUGUUCAAGCAGAUUUAAACAGCUGGGACCUGACUGCAGUGCUGAAGCAGUUCCAUAUGGUGUCCAGCGUCAGUGGUUCCUCGUGGUUUGCAGCAGAGUUGUUCUUCUCCAGCAGCUUUCUUGAUUUGCUAGCAGGUAUAGCAUCCUCACCUUCGAAAUCUGCCCAGAAAUUUGAAAAGGGCUGGAUUGGGCCUUGGUUGCGAGCAACUGGUGUGACGGAGCCAGAGUUUGACAGCUGGCAAACUCUUGUUCGGCUUUGGGUGAAGUUUUGGUUAGGCACUGGUGAUGAAGACACGAUAUUUUUGGCACAGUUCUUCCUUGCCACUGGCUUAUCUUGGAACCACUUCGUGGAUGUGCUCCUGAACUCAACUGCAGGAAUCUCCAGCGAUGCGAAGAUGGGUUCUUUGCCCGCCUUUCCCACUCAUCAAGUUUGGCUUGUGGACCACACACUUCUUUUGCCAUCUGGAGGGGCUUGCAUCUCAGAAGGCAAACUACUCCUCCCGCAUGUACGCUACAAGGCUGAGACUGGUACAGACCUGCCGAUAUAUUUGCCUGCAGCAUUCAGCAUCAAGCUAGGUGCAGGCCUCCACAGCGUUGCACCCGUUUCAUACAUGGCAUUGCCAGAGGUCCCAAUCAAGUGCCUGAUGCUCGUAGAGUUGGACGCCCUCGUAAUUGGACGACAACAAACAUGCGCGGGGUUCAACUUUGAGGGCGUUUGGUUGGGGGGCUCCAGCUCCAAGUCAUCUUCUCCCAUGUUUGUCGAUGCGACCAACGGCAGCCUAAUGAACACAAGUGGCCAACUCCCUAUUGCCCGAACUGUCGCUGCCUCUUCUGCCUUUUUUGGCUCUGCGAUUGAUAGCGUCCUUCUAUCUGAGAUCUCCGCUCAGCUCUCGGCAGACGUGGCGGUGUGGGUCGGUGAGACAGGCUUCGAAGCUGCAGAGCACAUUCGAGAAGAGCUUCAGUCGCAUGUAGAUUCACAAGCUAUCUCGCAGCUCGCUCAGAUCGCUUUCCACGCUCUGCUCGAUGGUGGCUUUACUGACGGCACUGGAGUUGCACAGGCAGUAGCCGCAGGUUCUUCCGAAGUGGUGGCGGUCUUGAACAGUUUCUCCUCCAAUCAGCCAGAGUAUGUGGCACAACUAUUUCCAGGUGGCACUGUCAUCAAACCUGGUGUACCCAAGGAACUCUUUCCCGUCUUUCAAUCUCCCAAUGCCUCCACGGUUCAAGCGUCCUUUGAACACUUUGAAACUUUGCAGAUUGCCGCUGGAAGCAUGUACUUGAAGGUUCUUGCCAUCGGUACCAUCGAUGCCGUGACCGCGGACAAUGCCUUUUUUGGAAUCACACGCGGGCGGGCCAUCAAGAUCCAAGUGAUCAACAUAUGCUCUGAGCUAAGUAUCGGGUUGUUUGCCAAUUUUGCGCACUAUAGCAACCUUGUGGAGGAGAUCGUUUUGACCAUUUCGGAUCCAGCCAAUCAAGACGCAGUGCUGACAAAGUUGAUGCCCUUAUUUGACUCAUCCUUCGAUUCAAGGCUUUGGGGUCUAAGCCUCUAUAGCUUCAGGUGUUUGGGCGUGGAAGGGGUGCAGGUCUUGGCACAGCCAGCACAGGCCACCAUGCAGAAUAACUUCAGUGAUAUGAAGCAGCGCUCUGACAGGGACCGCUACCUUUCAGAAGAGUCUCACAAGCAGAAUUUGGACAUUUUGAGCAACUUGGAGCGUUCAGAGAAGCAGGUGGAGGCUUUGCGCAAGCAAGAGCGGGAGUGCUAUGGCGAGAUUGCCAAGCUGCAACAUCAGGUAAAAGAGCAAGACCAGAGGAACAAAAUGGUGGAGGCGCAGCUGAAUGCAGAAAGGUUGAAGAGCACCAACCUUGUGCCUCGUGAAGAACAUGAGGCUUUGAAGGAAGAGUUGAAAGCAGCACGGCACCGAUGUCUUGAGCUUGAAGAGAUGCAAGCUAGCAAAGAGAAGGACUAUCAGAACAUUGUGGACGCUUACAAGCUCUUGAGUGGCCAUGAUUCGAGUGGCAUUGAGGGGAGGCCUUUAACGCCCAGACCGAUUUGGAUGUCGUGUCGAGGUGUGCUUGACCCUGAAAGCUUGCGAACGAUGCAGCAGAGCGACUUCCUACAGGAUCUUGUGAUGCGCAUUAUGCAAUCCUCGAGGAUCUUGAUGGCUGCCUACGGAUUGCAGACUGCGUCACAAAAGUCAACAGUUCUUCCUGCCAUUACCAGGCAUCCUUUCACGAUGCCGCUGGUGCCGGAGACAGGAAGUUCAAUCGACAGGCAAAAAACCCCGCAGGAGGAGACAAAGGACGAGCACUCGUUUCCCCAGGUCGGGGCAGGAAUGGACAAAAGCUGUGAGGGCUUCAAGGAUGAGGAAAAGUGGUUGCCUCCUGACAUGGAGGCUUCAACUCCUAUGGCAUUAAGGCACCCAGACAAAGUCCGGAACCAGCGCUUCAGCCGCAAAAAAACCUUGGAUUUUCUUGAGAGGAUCCUGCAGCUUCGGUUUCGAGAGGGGGACAAGGUGCUGAGCAGGCCCUUCUUGGAGACCAUGAUGGAAGUUCUGAACCAGGAGCUUGGCGAGGAGGCCUUUGCCUUCGGUAUCAACAUUCUGGCCAGCACGCGGCGUUAUGCGGCUGAGCCUGAAUUCGCCAGCUUCCUGAUGCUCCUCCGUGGUCAGGUCGGGGACCUCGCGGUCCGGGACAAUCGCACGCUUUGUGCCGAGAUCCUGAGGAUUUUCCGCACCUAUUUCGAGGCAGGUGAUGGGUCGACGCGGGUGACAAAGGAAAAGUUCUUCAAAGCCUUGCGCGAGGUUAAUCGAGCAGAAGCUCACACCCUUGGAGUCGGAGGGAAGGGGCAGAAUGCGGCAAAAGCUGCAUGCACUUUGGCUUUGGCAUGUGAAAAGGCCAGACGCCGUCGUGUGACAGUGGCUCAGUUCUUGGGUGGCUACACUGGAGAGCAAAUUCGUCAGCUGCAGGAGCAGGAGGGGAUUGAAGAUAUCACAGUGGCAGGUGCCAUGACCCGCGAAUUCAUGACCUUGGUGGAUUUCCCCCAAGACUCAACAGACGGGAUCAACCGGGUCGAUGAAGAUGGGUCAACUCCGUGCUUUGCGACUUCCCCAACGGUCUCGGAGCUCAUCACGCCUUCUGAACCCGUGAGCAUGGCCGCGGCCGAGGAACUCUUAUCGAAAGUAGUCGCUGCUGCUCCUACUUUCAGGGGCAUUCUUUUAAUGGGGACAUGGCCGAGUGGGACCACGCGAGACUUCUACAUGGAAGCAGCGAAAGCCAAGGCCAAUGACGCGGUGGUGCUUUUGGAUGCCGCCAAGCCCGUGCAGGACGUGCUUGACAUCCUUGAAGCUGGCAAUGUGGACAUCUACAAGGUGAAUGCAAUGGAGAUCUGCAACCUCAUGGGCUAUGGGUGCAAGGAGGGCGAGGCAUCUGAAGAGCAAAUCCGCGAAGUAGCAGCCAAAGCGCUUCUACGUUUUUCUGCUGUGAAACACCUGGCAAUCACAGAUGGCGCGAAAGCUUCCUUUCUCUUCUCCCGUGAAAGCCGUCAAGGGACUCGUUGCACUCGCUAUGACCUUCCAGCUGUCCCAUGUGUAAAUCCAAUCGGAGCAGGUGACACUGUGGCUGGUGUCCUCAUGGCUUCCUUGUGCUUUGGCGUUGCCAAUGAUGUCGAGGAGGCGAUGCUCUUUGGCCUGGCUGCGGGCAGUGCCAAGGUGAAGAGUGAAGGAGAAGGAGGAAAGCUUGAUUUUGAGACCAUGAUGGGCCUGAAGGCGGCAAUAACAGCCACAAGAGCCACAAGCCAGUAG